AAAUGAUAUUUUCGUCCUUCGUUAUUUGUUUUUUUCCUCUCCUUAGUUUAUCCCUCGCCGUCCCUCAUUUCUCUCUCUCGCGCCGCCUUUCCUCUCUCGAGUAUUUUUUUCCAUCGUCGUGCCUCCAGCGCCGCCGUAUCUCGCAGCACGCAGCUGCAAGUCGCCGCCCAGUCCAUCGGCCGCCGCUGAUUAGACGUCCGCCGCCGCCCCAGUCGAUGCCGGAUCUCCCUGGGCAGCGGCUGUGACCCAUGUGACACUAAUCGAGCACGCAGCUGGUAACUGAGUAUGCUGAAUUUUACGUCAAGCUUGCAAAUGUGAGAAUGGACGUGCUAUACGGAGAAAUAAUGCAAUUUGGAACUGGACGAAGGCUAAGGGAGCCUGCUGAAUGGUAAUUGUUCUAUUGGAAUUCAGAUUUCGAACAAAUUUGAUCCAUUCGAAACGUUUUGAUUGAGAUCAUAGUAUGAAUUAGUUCUAUUAGCUUGUUCCGGCUUGGAAAUGGCGUCUUUCCUAUUCCACACUUCACGUAGGUCCGUGUCCUGCCUAUCUCUUCAUCGUAAAUUUCUCAAUCACCUCUCCAGCCUUGAGGCACCGGUUUCUUACACCAGAGCUAGUUUAGUUUCCAAUUUAUGGUGUAAUCGGUCAGAUUUUGCUUGCAAAAAUUUCAUUCGAGAUUUUAGAUAUGGACUUAUCCACGGUUUAUCCACGUCUUCGGAUCUAAAGGAGAGUUCCAAGAAUGACGAGAGCCCAAAUAGUAGUGUUAAAAAUGAUGGAAGAUCAGAGGCGAAAGUUGAGAUGUCCUGGAUUUAUUUGUAUUUGCCCAAAAAGAUUCAGCCUUAUGCUCACCUUGCGCGGCUCGAUAAACCCAUUGGGACGUGGUUACUUGCUUGGCCUUGUAUGUGGUCAAUUACCUUGGCGGCACCUCCAGGCCAACUUCCCGACUUUAAAAUGCUGACUCUAUUUGGAUGCGGGGCUUUGCUUUUGAGGGGUGCUGGGUGUACCAUAAACGACCUCCUCGAUCAAGAUAUUGAUACAAAGGUUGAACGUACAAAGCUAAGACCAGUUGCAAGUGGUCAAUUAACCCAACCCCAGGGAAUCAGUUUUUUAGGGUUGCAGCUAUUUUUGGGACUUGGAAUUCUCCUUCAACUGAAUAAUUUCAGUCGCAUUUUGGGGGCUUCCUCUUUGCUUCUAGUCUUCUCCUAUCCUCUCAUGAAGAGGUUCACGUUUUGGCCUCAAGCCUAUCUAGGUCUGACCUUCAAUUGGGGAGCUUUAUUAGGAUGGGCAGCCAUCAGAGGAACUUUGGAUCCAGCUAUCGUUUUACCACUGUACUUUUCUGGAGUAUUCUGGACUCUUGUGUAUGAUACGAUAUAUGCACAUCAGAGCUACUCUUUUUGGGUACUGUUUUAUUUUGUUUGGCAAUUGGGGAAGAAGAAUCAUGGACAUAGGAGUGGCUGUGUAAAUGGACAGAAGACCGCAAACGGGAGGCAACAAAAAGAGGAGAAACUCCAUGGACAUGGGAGCAAGCACGAAAAUGGAUGACAAAUAAUGAGUGCAAAAUGGUGGAAGAAGCAGACCGGAAGGAGACAUUGCACGAAAAUUCGAGAGUGGAGCAAAAUCGGGAUGAGAUAUUUGAGUUGGUAGUGGCAAGCAAAACCAACGGUAGUUCGAAGAUGGUUGAUAGCCUGAGUUCGAAGUCCAUGGUGCAGGGCAGUGGAGGCAGUACGGGUUCGAUAGGAAGUGGAGUUCGAACGAGGACGGUGAAGAAGAAAUCGGAGAGUGAACGGAGACAGAGAAGUAUAUUCAUGAGAAUGGAUUGGAAAAAGCGGAGGGAGAACUCAUUGAAGGGCGACAAGUUGGAGAGGCGAAGGAAUGAGAGUAAGAGAAAAACACCGACGGUAAAACGUGGAGACAAGCGGAAGAAGAAACAAGGGCCGGAGGUGAAGAAUCGAGUGAAGAAAUGGUUGUGGUUCAAAGAACCAGAGGACGGUUGGCCGCGGCAGAGAAAGAAGACGUCAGCGAUUGAUUGGCUGAGAUGGCAAGGCGGUUGGCGGACGGAGCGGCGACGGCUGAAGGACCUGCUAACGAUCGCGCAAGUCGAAGAAAGUGGGAGGACGGUGAAUCAAAGGCGCUGGACAUGGAAGACGAGGCCGAAAUAUGGUGGUGGGAGAAAGAGACAUGUAACAAGGGAGGCUGAUGGUGGGAAGGAAAGGUCGGGAUGCUGUGCGAUGGAGAUGAACGACUAUCUGAACCAUUGGAGAUCGACGGUCAUAGGCGUGGGAUAGAGAGGUUGAGGAUGGUGUUGCUUGAAACGGCGGGAAAAGGCUUGCAGUUAGAGACGAAGAAGACAACCACGACGGAAGAAGGUUGGAAAAAUUUCGUGAAAACAGAGACAAUGAUGUGGCAGAAGAUUAUAGGGGCAAAAAUAACUAACCCUAAUUACGUGGGUGUGGGCUGCAUUUUUUUUGAAUGGGCUUGAGUUUACUUUAAAUAUAAUUAUAGUGGCCCAUUAUCUUAUUUUGCUCUCAACUGAGGAAGCAAAAUGUAAGUUGAGGAACGUGAAGAAGAGAAAAUCGUGUGUGAAGCCAUGGAGGGGACAAGGUGGCAGCAUGAUUUUGGGCUCAUAAUGGGCUGGACUUGCUUGGUCUAUUUAUCGGUUUACUAUGAUCAUGUGUUUGGUGAGGAGAAGAAAGGUCCAAAACUAUCGGAGAGUCCUUGGCUGUUUUUGGGGCCAAUUUUAAGUAGCUUGGAUGAGGUUCACACUCCUACAAAGGUGAUAGAUUUAAAAUAUGGAUUUCCGGUUGGGUCGUUAUUUGACCCAGGACCUGACUCGAUAUGGGAUUACAGUAGGGGUGUACAUCAAACCAAAAAACACCGACUCGAUCAAAUUAAGGUCGAUCGGUGGUUGGUUUUCGGUUUUUCUGAAAGAAAAAAAAAAAACGUUGAAAACCGACCGACGUAUAAUAUA